UGUGAGGACCGGAAGCGAGUGCUACUCGAUGUUACUACGCCGAGAACGUCGGUGACGGGUUUUUAAGGCUAAACUUUAAACAUUGAGAAGCUUACUGUGAUCGAGCAUCUCCCACAUCUCUUCCUGCUGCUGCGUUAUCAACGUAAAAGGCAAACAGCUAACUUUUAUUAAUGCUAGCUUCUGGUUUCCAAAGAAAACACCGUCACAAAGGAUAUAAAUGUAAACAGUGACUACUACCCCCUCACGUUUUGUCGCGUUAUAUGAUUCCUCUUGUUUCAAACUGACCGGGGUUUCUGACCAAACUGACUCGACUGCUUCUAGCAUUCUGAGCUAGCCACCUGCUAAUCUCCUGUCACCAGGCAACGAUGAACAUCCUCCCGAAGAAGAGCUGGCACGUCCGCAACAAGGACAACGUCGCGCGCGUGCGGAAGGACGAGGCGCAGGCAGCAGAGGAGGAGCGGGAGGCCAAGCGUCGCGUGGAGCGUGCAGAGCAGGAGGCCCGUACUGAGUACCUGCGGAGGAAAGCCCGGGCUUCUCUCCAGUCAGCAGAAGGAAGGAGAGACGACGAUGGCGACGAACGAAGCGGAGAAAGUUUGGAGCAUCUCAACCUUUUCCCUCUGGAGGAGUCUUCAGAGAAGAAGGGAAAUGAGGAAUAUCUUCGGGAAAAGAAAGAAGAAAAGGAGCGGCAGGAGCGAGCAAUCGGCUUACUUGUGUCUUUAGGACCCCAGCCAGGCUCCGAGGUGACUCCAUGGUACCUGAAGGGCAGCGAAGAGAAAGAGGAGAUUAAGGAAAAGGACAAAAAGAAGGGAAUAAGUGAAGAGGAGCGAGAGAAGAAGGAUCGUAGGCUGAAGGACAGUUUGGAUCCCAUGAAGGACAUGAAGAAAGCGCUCGGCGUGUACGAGAGAAGGAAGCACAAGAAGAAGGACAAAAGAGAAAAAACAGAAAAGAAGAGCAGCGGGGAGAGCUCCAUGGAAAGGUUGCGCGCCGAGCGUCUGCUGAGGGAGGCUGAAGAGCGCAGGAGAGCUCACGCCCUCAUCGAACAGAGGAGCGGCAAAAGGAAGGAGGCGCAGAGGGAGGUGGACGACAGGGAAAGGCCGUACAACAACGCCUACUUUCCAGAACUCGCUCGAAAGCGACAAAGGCGGGAUCGAGACAGCUGGAGAGACGAGAUUCUCAAAUCCUGAACUGGUUUUUAUUGGUGUUUGGAGGUCGGAGGGCAAACUGUUGUAAAGAGCUCAUUUCUACACGAGAUCAAUUGGAAAACUGUUUAUUUUAUUAUUUUUUUUGUUUUAAUUUCAGAAAGUCCAUGAUUAAUUAUAUCAUUUAUUCAGGUUUUCUUCCACAGAGAAAGGAGCGUUGGUAGUCGUGUGCAGCUGCAGCUUCCUCUGCUCCUGCAGCGUUUGGCUUGUCUGCAGGACAGAUGGUCAUUUUUACAGGGGGGGUCCGUCAACCAGGGACACACUCGGUCACUGUUAGCAUGGCUCACGUUAGUGUAAAAACAUAAUCUGUUGUCCUGGUGAAACAAUAGGUCAAUUAAAACACUUAACACUAAAUCUGUUGUAAUUGUUAAACUUAACCUCCAUGUGCCAACA